AUGGGUGGUGAUCUCCAAAGUGCAUCUGCCAAUUUUGAGUUUCAAUGUGCCAUAAUCUACCCCAAGGUUCUUAUAACGUUGACUAAGCUGGAAGCAUUAGCGGACUUGGACGGCGAAACACAGCCGCGAGAAGCUAGUCAGUUCCAGUUUGGACAGAAACAUCUGCGGGCGAGAGCGCGGUAUCAAGGGGAACGGGGGUUUUGGAACAUCACACUUUUUCAUCUGAAAGAAAUCACGUUGACAGACCUCGACACAGACUCCACUGCGGUACUACAACGCGACCGUUUGGCUCGCGUGCAAGACAACGCUUGGAUCAGCUCCGUAUUGCCGAUUGCGAGCAUUCUCCAACGCGAGGCCCUGAAACAUCCCCCCUCUACUGGAUGCCUCUCGGCUUAUCACCAGGAAUGA